CCAGCAUCAUGUUGGACCUACACGGGACAAGAAAGAAAAAAUAAGUCUAGUCAAGCGCGCACCACAGGGCACUGGGGGAUGCUACAGCACUGAAUUUCCAAAGGAUAUUUUGGCCAUUUUUGGGGGUGGAAUUGGAAAAUUUUGGAGCCUUCCAUGACUGACUGACCCCAGCAAAGAAGACUUAAGGUACCAUGGAUUUGUUUGGAGGAGCCCCCAGGUUCCUAACCCGGCCCAAAGCGUUUGCCGUGUGCGUUGGCAAAGACGCCACGCUUAGCUGCACCAUUGUCGGGACCCCUACCCCGCUCAUCACCUGGGAGAAAGAAAAGCUUAAGCUGACAUCCGGGGGCCGCUUCAAGACGGUGGAGGACAGUGACGUGUACCGUCUGACCAUCUAUGACUUGGCGCUGGAAGACAGCGGUCAGUACAUAUGCAGGGCCAAGAACAACGUCGGGGAGGCCUACGCCGCCGUCACCCUCAAAGUGGCCCUUCCCACCGAGAUGACUCCGAGGGCCCCCGUUUUCAUGCUCAAGCCCACCUCGGCACGUGUGGCUUUGGGAGGCGAUGCCGUGUUCCACUGCAGGGUCGUCGCUCACCCUGAAGCCAAUUUUGACUGGGAGAAGGACGGCCGCUACCUGAGCGAGUCCAACCGCGUUAAGAUCUUUUCCGAUUGUGACAGCAGCAGCUUAAAGAUCCAGAGCGUGCGUAACCUGGACAGCGGCACGUACACCUGCAGGGCCCAGAACACUUUGGGCCGGGCACAGGCCGCUGCCACGCUGGUGGUGGACACCCAGGAUUCCCACAUGCUCUCCAUGGAGAACCACACCUCUCUCCUCUCUCACCUCCAGAAGCGUAAAGAAGAAAUGAAGAAGGACAUAUCCGUCUUUCGGACCGGGGAAAGCGCCGCCUCGGACAAAAUCACAGACGGUCUGAGUUCUCUGAGUCUGGAGCACGUUGUGAGAUCAUCUGUGCUGUCAAAGCUGCCCAAGGGAGUCUUCACCCGCACCUGCACCGUGACGGAGGGCAAACACGCCAAACUAAGCUGCUUCGUGACGGGUCACCCCAAGCCUCACAUCAUCUGGAGGAAGGACGGAGCGAAUAUCAGCGAGGGCCGGCGCCACGUCAUAUACGAAGAUCAUGCCGAGAACUUCAUUCUCAAGAUCCUGUACUGCAAGCAGGAUGACAACGGCUUCUACACCUGCAAUGCCACCAAUAUGGCCGGUCAGACCUACAGUGCUGUGCUGGUAACAGUCAAGGAGCCAAAGGUGCCAUUCAGGAGGAAGCUUGAAGAUGUGGCGGUCCAGGAAAAAACAUCAGCCACCAUGAUGUGCGAGGUGCCGCUGACCAGCAGCAAAGCCGACUGGUUUAUGGAGGAAACGCGUCUAGAGGAAAACACAAAGUAUCGCAUGGAGGAACAAGGCACCCUGCGCCGACUCACCAUCCGCAACGUGACCACCAACGACGACGGUGUUUACAUCUGCGAGAUGAAGGAGGGCAGCCGCACGGUGGGCGAGCUCACCGUUCUUGGCAACAUUACCAAGAAGCUUCCCCGGAGGACGGUCGUUCCCGUCAGUGACACCGUCAUCUUCUGCGUGGAGCUGGAGCAGCCCUGUCCCGACGCCUACUGGACCCGUAACGGCGACAAGCUGAAAGCGGAUUCCCGAAUUUCCAUCGCUUGCCUGCUCCGUCAGUACACGCUGACCAUUCGGGAGUGUCAGGCGGAAGAUUCGGGAGAAGUGGCCUUUGUGGCUGGGGACUGCAAGACGUCCACUCGAUUCUCCGUGACCGCGGCACGGAAGCAUCCUCCCGAUCCCCCAGUUGACGCUGUGGUGCGAAACAAGACUGACUCAUCCAUCAGCCUGCAGUGGUCUCCCCCGGACAGUGACCGUCCCGUGCCCAUCAAGGGCUACAUUGUGGAGAGAAGGAAGGUUGGCACUCAGACCUGGCAGAGGUGCAACCUGGGAGAAACCAUUUUGGAAACGGGGAUGACAAUCUCUAACUUCUCAGAAGAAGCCUCUUUCCAAUUCCGUAUCUCUGCCGUCAAUGAUUUCGGUCAGAGUGACUACCUCGAGGUGCCCGGAACCUUCUACCUUGAACCAAGCGCAGACAUCAAGAAAGGCCUUGUGGACAGCACCGCCGUUUCCGGCCAAGAGUUCUCCAUCUCGGUGGAGCUUUCAGCCGUCUGCUCCGGCUUCUGGUCCCUAAACGGCCGCAUUCUGCGAAGUGGCGGCGACUACCUCAUCACCCGCUCCAAGAACAUACACACGUUGCUCAUACGAGAGGUCACCUUAGACUUGAAUGGAACCGAAGUCAAGUUUGUGGGCGGAGGCUCGCAGAGUAGUUGCACCUUAGCUGUCAAGUCGCCACCUGUCCGGUUCAUCAAUAAGUCAGAUCAGCCACAGGUAGUGUUCUGCAGCGCCCAAGCCACGGCUCAGAUGACGGCCGAGGUGUCAGAUUCCGACGCACAGGUGGUUUGGAUGACAAACGGACGGGAGGUAAAGAUGGGCAAGAAGUAUGAAUGUGUGACCAUGGACCGCAGGAGGAUCCUGAAGGUACACAACGUUACAGAAGAAGACGUGGGCCUCUAUGAAUGCGUUUGCGCUGAUGAUAAAAUGUCCAUGCAGCUCACUCUUAAAGAUGAACCCGCCAAGUUCCUGAACAAACCCAGAGGACCCACGGGCCUGACGUCGUCACUCAAAGGAGAUCUCGAGCUGAGCUGCGAGGUUUCUCCCGCGAGCACGACGGUCGUGUGGAGAAAAGACCAGGUGGAGAUCUUUGAGGACCAAAGAACGACCAUCAUCUCCAAAGGUACUCACAGGAAACUGAUCGUGAAGAAUGCCAGUAAAAGCGACGAGGGUCAUUACUCCUGCGAGACAGCCACCGACAAAGUCACAUUCCACGUCAAGAUCAAAGAAACUCAAGCCCAGCCUGCCUUCUCCAACAAGGAGAUGGUGCAGAAGGAGGUCAAAGUGGCUCUCUCCCAAAAAGCCAAUCUCAGUUGCACGGUGUCGGACAGCAAGACCGAGGUCAAGUGGUACAAAGACGGCAAAGUGCUCAUAUCCAGUCGAGAUGUUUACACCCAAGUCAAAGGCAAUACUCGUCAACUGGUGAUUGAAAAAGUGGAGAAGAGCGACGCUGGAGAAUACACCUGCGAGACUGGAGGAGAGAAGCUGGUCUUUCAAAUUAUUCUGCUCGAGUCCAAGGCGGCCUUCUUCAACCAAGAAGCAGUCCAGAGGGAAGUGAAAGCCACGCUCUCCGAGAAGGCCACUCUGAGCUGUGAAGUGUUUGAUUCAACCCAGGAGGUGAAAUGGUACAAGGAUGGCAAGCUUCUUGUCUCUGGUCAGACCACACACGUCGAGACAAAGGGGAAAACUCGCCGGCUGGUGAUCGAUAGCGUGGAGAGGAAGGAUGGCGGGGAGUACACCUGUGAGGCCGGGACGGAGAAGCUGCUCUUCAAGAUCCACGUGACUGAACCUCCGCCAGCCUUCGUCAACAAAGAAUCUGUCCAAAAGGAGGUGAAAGCAAAUCUAUCGCAAAAAGCUACCCUGAGCUGUGAGGUAGCUGACGCCAAGACAGACGUCAAAUGGUACAAGGAUGGGAAGCUGCUGCUCACCAGUAAGACAAUACGUGCAGAGUCCAAGGGGAAGAGUCGCCAGCUAGUCAUCGAUAGUGUGGACAAGAAGGAUGCCGGCGAGUACGUCUGUGAAGCCGGCGCUGAGAAGUUGAUCUUCAAGCUUCAGGUGGCAGACGUUCAAAUCAAGCCGGCUUUCGCCAACACGGACUCAUUUCAGAGGGAGGUGAUUGCCGUCUUGUCCCAGAAAGCUCUUCUGAGCUGUGAGGUGUUUGACAGCAAAACAGAGGUGAAAUGGUACAAAGACGGCAAAGCGCUGGUCUCCAGUAAGACCAUACGUGCCGAGUCCAAGGGCAAGACUCGGCUCUUGGUGUUUGACAGUGUGGAGAAGAAGGACGCCGGAGAGUACAGUUGCCAAGUCGCAAGCGAGAAGCUUACAUGCACCGUGCAGGUGGCAGCGCUUCAACCCAAGUCAGCCUUCUCCAACAAAGAGUCCGUCACCAAAGAGGUGAAGGCCUUUGUCGCUCAGAAAGCCACGCUGAGCUGCGAGGUGGCGGAGUCCAAAACCGAUGUCAAAUGGUACAAGGACGGCAAACCGCUGUCCUCCGGCAAGAUGCUCCAUUUGGAGUCAAAGGGGAAAAGUCGCCAGUUGGUGAUUGACACUUUGGUCAAGGAAGACGCCGGGGAGUACGUCUGUACGGUCGCUACUGAGAAACUGUCUUUUAGGAUAUCCGUGGAAGACGCCCCAAGCGUCUUCUCUAACAAAGACUCGGUCCAGAAGGAGGUGACGGCCGUUUAUUCCAAGAAAGCCACGUUGCGCUGUGAGAUGGCCGACAGCAAAACCGAGGUGAAAUGGUACAAAGACGGCAAGCCGCUCGCUUCCAGCGCGGCUCUCCGCCUGGAGACGAAAGGCAAAAGUCGGGAGCUGGUGAUUGACAAAAUGGACAAAAAAGAUGUUGGGGAAUACACGUGUGAAGCCGGAUCGGAGAAGUUGAUGUUUAAGCUUCGGAUGGCGGAUGUGCCCGCCAAGUUCCAGAAGAAGCUCGUCGAGGACACAUUCAUCGUUCAAGCCGGCGAACACAUUGUUUUGACCAGCGAGCUGAGUGCAGAAAGCAGCGGCAGCAACGUGAGCUGGUUUAAAGAUGGCGCCGAGCUCAUCCAGAGCACCAAGUACCAAAUCAAAAAAGACGGCCUCUCUCGCACGCUCAUCGUCACGUCCACUGAAUCCAAAGACAGCGGUGUGUACAGCUGUCAGACCGCCGAUGAUAAGCUGGAGUUCAAAGUCCAGGUCAAAGACGCAGCUAUUAAAUUUAUUGUCCCGUUGAAAGCCGUCACGGUCGACUUAGGAGCCGCUUUAAAUCUCAGCUGUGAGUUGAACCAAGCCUCGGGUGACGUUCUUUGGCGGCGCAAUGGUUCCGAGGUUAAACCCGGAGGCAGGUUCCGCAUCAAGACAGAUGGUGUAAAGCGAAUCCUCACGGUCACCGGCGUGACUAAGGAAGAUGAAGGCGAAUACAGCUGUGAAUGUAAAAAUGACAAAACCUCUGCCAAGGUCUCCUCCAUAGCGCCCAGAUCCGUCAGACUGACUUCCAAGCUCAGCAACGUGGCGGCGAUGGAUGGUAAAGACGCCAUAUUUAAGUGCGGCGUCACCCCGGCGGACGCACACCUCAAAUGGUUCCACAACAGCGUUCCCGUCGCUCAUGGCGCCAAGUAUAAGAUGGAGCACGGCGGCGGCAGUCAUCAGCUCACCAUCACCUCUGUCGGCCAGAAGGACGCCGGAGAGAUCAGCGUGGACGCCGAAGGGAAAAGCUGCAAGGCGACGCUUCAAGUGCAACAUGAGCCGGUGACAUUCAAAAAGAAGCUGGAGAAUCUGACGGUGGAGGAGCAGAGCGAGGCAAAGCUGGAGGUAGAGCUGAGCAAGCCGUCGGACGAAGUGCACUGGAUGAAGAACAGCGUCAAGAUGCAGACUUCGCCCGGGGUGGAGGUCCAAGUGGACGGCGCCAAGCAGGCGCUGGUCUUCAAGAGCGUGACUUUAGCCGACCGCGGCUUCUACUCCUGCGAAACCCUUGACGACAGAACCCAGGCCAAGCUCAUCGUCGAAAAGAAGAAAGUGGAGCUGGUCAAAGGGCUUACGGACGCCAGAACGCACGAGACAGAAACGGUGAGCCUCCAGGUGGAGCUCAACCAGGCUGACGUGGAAGGCUCGUGGACCCGGGACGGCAUCAGGUUCAAAUCGGGACCCAACGUCCGCAUCGCAGCUCUGGCAAAGACGCACAGCCUCACCUUGUCGAAUCUGACGAGAGAGGACGCCGGAACCAUCGGUUUUCAAGCGGAAGGCGUACGGACUUCUUGUAAACUCAUCGUCACAGAACCUCCCGCUACGAUCUCAAGGCCUAUUGUGGACAUCAGCGUUGCUGAAAAGGAGAAGGUCACUUUGGAGUGUGAAGUAUCUCGAACAAAUGCAGAAGUAAAAUGGAUCAAGGAUGAUGUCGAACUGAAACCUGGGAAGAAUCACGGUCUUCACUCUUUGGGACGGAAACGCACCUUGAUCAUCAACAAAUGCGGCCCCGAAGACGCCGGCACUUAUAUCUGUCGCACUGCCGACGAUAACACCUGUGCCAAGAUCACCGUUCAUGCCAGAGAUGUUAAGAUUGUGAAGAAGCUGGAGGAUGUGGAGGUGAUGGAGAAGGAGAGCGCUGCAUUUGUCUGCGAGGUAUCCCACGACGAGGUGGAGUGCCAGUGGUAUAAGGGAAACGCCAAACUCAGAGUCAGCGACAAUGUGAAGAUGAGGCAAGAAGGGAGGACUUAUGUGUUGCUCUUUAAAAGUGUGUCCCCGGCAGACAUAGGUGAGAUUAAGUUCACAGCUGAGAAGGCCUCGUCAUCCGCGCAACUCAAGGUCAAAGAGCUGCCCGUCAAGUUUGUGAAGAAACUCCGGGAUAAGAUAGCCAUUUACAAACACCGCGGCCACCUGGAGUGCCAAGUCUCCCGCGCCAGCGCUCGAGUCAAGUGGUUCAAAAACAAAACGGAGCUCAAGGCGGGGAAGAAGUAUGAGAUCCAAAGUGAGGACGUGUACCGGAAACUCACCAUCAACGACGUGGACGCCGCCGAUGAAGACACGUACACGUGCGACGCCUCUGAUGACAAGACAUCCUGUAAACUGCUUGUGGAAGAGCAGUCCAUAAGCAUUGUGCGCGACAUGAGUUCCGUCGAGGUGACGGAACCUUUCGCCGCCGUCUUCGAAGUUGAGAUCAGCAUGGAACUGGUGAAACCGCCCGUUUGGACUCUGGACGGAGUCACCGUGGAGGAGAGCGCCGACGUCGAGAUGGAGAAGGAGGGCACCAUGCAUCGUCUCACGUUCAAAAAGACCCGAGCGUCCAUGACUGGACCCGUGCAGUUCACGGCGGGCAAGAGCAAGUCGCUAGCCCAGCUUACAGUCAAAGAGCGCCCCUUGGAGAUUGCAGAGCCUAUCAAAGAUGUCAAAGCCAAGGAGAAAAGCUCCGCCAUGCUCACUUGCAAAUUCUCAGUCCCACCAAAAGACAAAGUGCACUGGUUUAAAGAACAGGCCCGACUGGCUUCGUCAGACAAAUAUAACAUCAAACAAGACGCUACCAGAGCUCAACUCAACAUUCACGCGCUGACCGAAGAGGACAGUGGCGAGUACCGCUGUCAGUCCGGACCCGCUAUGACCAAAGGCAAUCUACUAGUUGAAGUGCGUGACAUUAAAUUCACCAAGCACCUGGCUGACGCAGAAGUGGACGAAGAGAGCGACGCGGUGUUCACCUGCGAGGUCAACUACGCCGACGAGGAGGUCCGGUGGCUCCUGAACGACAAGGUGCUCUUCACCAAUGAAGUCAACACCAUAACCCAUGAAGGAAAAGUGCAUCAACUCACACUUAAGAACCUGGCACCUCACGACGGGGGGACUAUCACCGUAAAUGUCCGCAAGGUGAAGGAGUCUGUCACGCUCAAGGUUAAAGAAAAGCCCGCCCUCUUCCUGAAGUCCUUGGACGACGUUGUCGGCGAGGAGAAAGGUUCCAUCACUCUGGCUUGCGAGGCAUCCAAGACCAGGGUUUCUCCCACGUGGAGGAAAGAAGGCAACCCCUUGAAGGCUGGAUCGAAAUAUGAGAUCCUUCACACCGGCAGAUCUUUGGGGCUGAUCAUCAAGGAUGUGACCAAAGACGACGCAGGGGAGUACACUUGCGAUCUUGGAACUGAGGUGUCCAAAGCCAAGGUCACUGUAAGAGAAAUCGGCAUCGGGAUCACCAAAUGGUUGAAGUCGGCCGAGGUGAACGAGGGGGAGACGUGCGGCUUCGAGUGCAUCUUGUCUCGCGAGAGCGCCGACGAGUGCGCCUGGACGCUGAACGGCCAAAGCGUCACCAGCGGAGGCCGCUUCAAAGUCAACAGCAAAGGACGGAAGUACAUGCUGACCAUCAAGGACGUCACCCCCGCCGAUGCCGGAGAUGUGGUCUUCAGCAUUAAAGAUCUGACCUCCGAUGCAACGCUGAGUGUUGAAGGAAAAGCUUCGUCGCUCUCAAAGGAGUUGGAGAAUAUCAGCGUGGUUCGAGGUGAAGAUGCCACGUUUACCUGCGAGGUGACACAGGCAAGCUCCGUUGUCAAAUGGACAAAGGAGGGCAAAAGCAUAAGGAAGAGUCAAAAGUAUGACAUCAUCAAGGAAGAGAAGCUCAUGAAGCUGCUCAUCUUCAGCGUCUCCAGUAAAGACUCUGGAGAGUACAGUUGCGAGGUCAUCGGAGGAGCAACCACAAAGGCCAGGCUUGAGGUGAAAGAGCCAAUCCAUAAAUUCACCAAAGAACUCAAAGACAGCAAAGCAGACGAGAAGACCUCGGUGACUUUGCAGUGCGAAACGAUCCAAAGCCCGUCUGCGGUUGCGUGGCUUAAAGGCCACACGGAGCUCAAGGCCGGCGCUCGAUACGAGAUGAGCCAGAAGGAAGGCGUCUUAUCGCUCACCGUCAAACACCUCCAGGAAGACGACACUGACAUCUACACUUGUGACGUGGGCACGGCCAAGAGCAUGGCCAAGCUGACUGUUAAAGCCCUGCCAGCCACUUUCAAAGAAAAGCUUCAAAAUCAAGAUGCAAAGGAAGGAGAAACUGUGACACUUUGCUGUGAGCUUUCCAAGCCGGCAGCCAACGUUCAAUGGAGGAAGGAUUCUGAAAUUCUCCACGAUGGAGAGACGUACCAAAUAAGGCAGAAGGAGGCCAUUUGUGAGCUUCGCUUUAGGAACGCCAAGACGGACCAUAGCGGGGAGUACUCGUGUCUAUGUGGAGACCAGAAGACGUCGGCCUUCGUAAAAGUGAACGCAUUGCCGCCAUAUUUCACGCUCCAGCUUCAGAGUCAGGAUGCCGAGGAAGAAUCCAAGGUUACUCUACGUUGCGAGACCUCCAAACCUUUCGUCCCUGUGGAGUGGAAAAAGGGAGCGCAGGUGCUGACGUAUGGCGAAAAGUACCAGAUGAAGCAGCAGGCGUGCCAGAAUGAGCUCCUCAUCAACCGAGCUGAGCCCGAAGACAGCGGAGACUACAGCUGUGUGUGUGGGGAGCAGACAACUACGGCCCGUGUCCAGAUCAAGGCCUUGCCACUGACCUUCACAAAGAAGCUGCAGAGUCAAGAAGCCCAAGAGGGAUCCGAGGUUACGCUACGCUGUGAGACAUCAAAACCUGCGGCUCCGGUGGAGUGGAAGAAGGGAAGACAGGUGCUGAAGUCUGGAGACAAGUACCAGAUGAAGCAGCAGGCGUGCGUCAAUGAACUCCACAUCAGACAAACCCUGCCAGAAGACAGUGGAGACUACAGCUGUGUGUGUGGGGACAACAACACUGCAGCUAGCAUCACCAUUAAAGCGCAACCGGUGACCUUCACUAAGAAGCUGCAGAAUCAGGAAGCCCGAGAGGGAUCCAGUGUUACUCUUCGCUGCGACACGUCCAAACCUUCAGUCCCAGUUGAGUGGAAGAAGGGAAGACAAGUUCUCAAGUCUAGUGAAAAGUACCAGAUGAAGCAGCAGGCCACUGUGAAUGAACUGGUGAUUUAUAAAGUGGAUGAGGGAGACUGCGGAGAGUACAGCUGUGCAUGUGGCGAGGACAAUACGGCUGCAAAACUCACCAUCAUAGCCCAACCGGUGACCUUCACAAAGAAGCUGCAGAAUCAGGAGGCCGAAGAAGGAUCCAGUGUGACCCUUCGCUGCGAAACAUCCAAACCAGGAGUCUCGCUCGAGUGGAAGAAGGGAAGACGAGUCCUCAAGAGUGGAGAAACGUACCAGAUGAAGCAGGAGGCCACUGUGAAUGAACUCGUGAUUCCUAAAGCGGCAAACCAAGACAGCGGAGAGUACACUUGUGUGUGCGGCGACAAUGAAACGACAGCCACUCUCAAAAUCAAAGCUUCACUCCCGGCUGCUAAAGUGGAAUCAAAAAGGCUGGAAACGAAAGAAACUGUGCAAGUUGUGACACUGCAACAGACCAGUGAAAUCUCUAAUCAGCAAAUCGUCAAACAAGAAACUCGGGAGCUCAGAGUUGAAGCCCAAGCAGUGACCUUCACAAAGCAACUGCAGAGUCUGGAGGCCGACGAAGGAUCCGCGGUUACCCUUCGCUGCGAGACUUCCAAACCUUUAGUUUCAGUGGAGUGGAAGAAGGGGACGCAGGUCCUGACGUACGGAGAUAAGUACCGGAUGAAGCAGCAGGCGUGCGCCAAUGAACUGCUUAUGGUCCGAGUGGGACCCGAAGACAGCGGAGACUACAGCUGUGUGUGCGGGGAGCAGACAACCACGGCCCACGUCAAGAUCAAGGCCACGAAGCCAGCUGCUUCCCUCCCUGCUGCUAAAGUGGAAACAAAAAUACUGCAAAGUAAAGGAAAAGUGGAAGUUGUGACACUGCAAGAGACCAGAGAGACUUCUAAAGAGCAAGUUGUGAAACAAGAGAUGCGGAAGCUCAGCGUUGAAGUCCUGCCAGUCACGUUUCUCCAAGAAAUGGAAAGCCGCCAAAGUGUCGAAGGAGAAUGUGUUACUCUGCUCUGCGAGCUUUCCAAACCGGGACUUUCCGUCGAGUGGAAGAAAGGAACUCAACUCCUGAGUUGUGGAGAAAAGUACCAGAUGACACAAAACGGACUUUGUUAUGAACUCAAGAUCUUUGAUUUGAGACCUUGUGACACGGGAACAUAUUCAUGCUCUUUUGAGGACACUGCAAGCUCCGCCUCCCUUAAAGUCAAUGCUCUCCCGGUCACUUUUACAAAAGAGCUGGAAGACCAAAGCGCCGACGAGGGCCAAAGUGUGGCUUUUCGCUGUGAGCUCUCCAAAUCCAGCGUCCCUGUUGAAUGGAGGAAAGAACAAGUCGGUCUUUGUCCGUGUUCCAAGUACGACAUUAAGCAAAGUGAGCGUGUUGCCACGCUCGUAAUCCACGACGUAGACAAGGAGGACGCGGGGCGUUAUACGUGCGAUGCCGGCUUCCAUCAAAGCUCGGCAUAUGUGGCCGUGACGGCCCAGCCAGUGUUUUUCACAAGCCAACUGCAGAACCUGGAAAGGCAGUCAGGGGAGAGUGCCGUUCUCCACUGUGAGAUCUCCAAACCUGGAGCUAGUGUGAUCUGGAGACACGAUGAUAGGGUGCUGGUAUCCAGCAACAAGUAUCACUUGAAGCAGGCAGGGACGCUGGUAGAGCUCGUCAUCUAUAAAUUACGGGCGGCCGACUCGGGGGAAUACUCCUGCGACACGGGCACUCACAAGACCUCGGCCACCCUCGCUGUGCAGGAAGUGGAGGUGUCCGUCGUGAAAUUCUUGGAGAGCUGCGUCGUGACCGAAGGCGAAGAUGUCCACUUUGAGUGUGUGGUCUCGCGUGAAGACGCGCCGCCGGCGGAGUGGAAACUUCAAGAUGUGCCGCUUCUGAAUAACGACAUGAAUGUUAUUAAGACACAAGGUUGUAGUCACAGCCUCACGCUUCGAGGCGUCAGGCCGGCAGACUCGGGCGUCGUCACUUUCUCGGUGGGCAAUCACGCAUCCACGGCCUCGCUGACUGUCAGAGCCCCGCCUGUUUUUUUCAAGAAGACCUUGGACAGCCAAGAGGGCACAGAGGGCGAAAAGGUCACCUUGUCCUGCCAGACAUCCAGCUCCGACUGCAAGGUGUCUUGGCGCAAGGGCUCAACUCUGCUCAGCCACGGGGAGAAAUACAGCAUAGAGCAGAGAGCUGACAUUCACACGCUUAGCAUUCACAAGCUGAAACCAGAAGACAGCGGGGAGUACAGCUGUGACACGGGCGACAACAAAAGCACCGCCGCUGUCAGCGUCAAAGAGCACGUGCGUAUCCUACGGGAGUUGCACGACAUCACCGUGCAAAGCGGGCAGGACGCCGUCUUCGAGGUGGAGUUGUCUCACGCCGGCGUGACCAAUGCGCAGUGGUGGCUCGCCGACAACCUCCUCCAGAACAACGAACUGAACCGGAUGAGUAGCGACGGCAGAGUGCACCGCUUGGCCUUGAAGAUGGUGACCACCGACGAAUCGGGAGACGUCGCUUUUGUUGUGGGUGAAGAAAAGAGCGUUGCUUGUUUGUUGGUGGAGGAGAAACCAAAAGUGCUCAUUGUGGAAAAGCCGCACAACACGGCAGCGUUAGAGGGGGAAACCAUCACCCUGGCUUGCACCAUUUCCGACCCCGAGGCCACCGUGACCUGGAUGAGAAACAACGUGGAGAUCCAAGUGGGUCUCAAGUACGAGCUGAAGCAAAACAGAGUCCUCCGGCAGCUUCGCAUUCACAACUUGGUGCCCGAAGACGCGGGCACGUACGCCUGCGAGACCCGAGAUGAUCGCUGUGACGUCACCCUCACUGUGGAAGCUGCCCCGGCGUUCUUCACCAAGGAGCUGAAGAACCAGGACGCCGUCGAGGGCGACGAUGUCACCCUCCGCUGCGAGCUCUCCAAGCCGGGUGUCCGGGUGGAGUGGAGGAAAGGCGGUGCAGUUCUUGCGCCCGGUAAGAAGUAUGAACUCUGGCAGGCUGCCUGCGUUCAAGAACUCCGAAUACGCAACCUGGAUCCGGAAGACAGUGGUUACUACACCUGUGACGCAGGAGAUCAACUAACCACCGCCUGUGUGACAGUGCAAGUGAAAGAGGUCUACAUUUUGUGCGAGCUUAAGGCCGUGGACGUGUUUGUUGGGGAAUGGGCAAGCUUCUCGUGCCAGCUGUCCAGCGAGCCGCCCGGCCAGGUGCAAUGGUGGCUGGACGGCACUUUGCUGGAGAGCGGACCCGUUAGCGAGAUAGGGCUGAGCGAGGGCCACGUCCACACACUCACCCUUAAGAACCUGGCCACAAAUGACUCGGGCACUGUCAUAUUCAAAGCUGGGAAUUUAACUUCAGCGGCCAAGCUUCUUGUCAAAGAUCCCACGGUUGAGGUGGUGAACGACAUGAAGGACCUUAGCGUGGUCGAGGACCAAGCGGCCGAGUUCAUCUGCCAGUUCACGAGGCCGGUGAAGGCCGAGUGGAAGCGAGACGGGCAGCCGUUGCGGCCCGAUGGCCGCAGGGUGGUAGUGGAGCAGGACUGGACUGUGUCUCGCUUGUACAUUAGUCGCGUGUGUGCCGGAGACAGGGGCGCAUACUCCUGUGAGGCGGCGGGGACCUGUGUGGUUGCUUCGCUUCAUGUGGAAGCCAAAGCCAUCAACAUAGUCCAAGGGCUGGAGAAUCUCGAAACCUUUGACGGAGGAGAAGCUUUAUUUGAGUGUGCCUUGUCUCGCCCGGAGAACAAAGACUGCCAAUGGCUUCUGGACGGCAAAGCGGUGAAGGAAUCGCCCAACGCUGAGAUCGUGUGCUUUGAGAGCGGCCGUCGCCACUUGCUGCUCCUCAAAGAGCUGCGUGCUAGCGACAGUUGCACGGUCACCUUCAGAGCGGGCGCGGCGUCCACGUCGGCCCAGCUCUCGGUCAAAGGCUGGCAGCUGGGCGUGGCAAAGCAUCUGGAAGACGUGGUGGCCGCCGUCGGCGAGAGGGUGGAAUUUUGCGUGGAGCUGACCGAGCCGGUGCCCGCCGCGGAAAUUGUUUGGUAUGCCAACGGAGUGGAGCUCAAGCCAGGCCAACUGUGGAUCACCAGGAACGACGGAUGUCGCUAUCACCUCAUCCUGAGGCAGGCACCGCUUAUGCCGCAACAGGAAAUAACCUUUGCGGCCCGAGAAGCACUCUCUAUGGCCAAGCUCUCCAUUAUCGCUGUACCAGACCCCCCGGAGGACCCUGAGAUCCUCAGCAAGACCAAAGAAUCCGUCACCCUUUCCUGGUUCACCCCCCUACAUGACGGAGGAAGUCCCAUUCUGGGCUACAAGGUGGAGUUGAGGUUGGCGGAAAGCGCUCUUUGGCUUCCGUGCCACUCCACCCCCGUGUGCAACACGGAAUUUGUGGUGGAAAAUCUCAUCCAAGGCUCCGGCUACAGGUUUAGAGUGUCGGCCAUCAAUAGAGCCGGCACAGGGGAGCCUGUCGAGCUUCCUCAGACUGUGCAGCUUGAAACGGAGGUACAAGUAGUUGAGUCGGAGCCACUCGGACAGCCCAGUCUUCCUCCGGAGGCCGCCGAAGAAGGGGACCUUCGUGAAAUAUGGGAGGCCUCGGCCAAGAAAAGGCGCAUGAGUCGCGAGCCCACUUUGGACUCCAUCACUGAACACCCAGAGGAUGACGCUAAAGGGGGUCAAAAGAAAACGGAGCAGAAGGAGAGCAGCGCUUCAGAGAAGCUGGAGUUGAAGGCAAAAGAUUCGGACCAGACCGAGUCUAAAUUAUGCAGCGGCUCCGACGUUUCCCAAUCUGGUGGUUCUUCACUUGUGUCCUACCUUAAGAAGAGCAGUCAGCUUCAGUCCUCAGCCACGGUCGUGACCGCCGAUGAGCAGACAAUGACCACCGAGCGCUUCUUUCAGCACUUUCAGAAGUCCGACCAGAUGACGACCACAGUUAAGGGGACCGAAACAAAACAGGCGUCGAUUCAGGAGACCGAAAUUCUGGAGAUCAGCAAGGAAGAUGAACCUGAUCUCCAAGAAGCCGCCAUCAAGAUCCAAGCUGCUUUCAAGGGCUACAAGGCACGCAAGGACAUGCGGCCUGUCUUCAACAGGGUUUUCAAAGAGCAAACCAAAGAGCCCAACGGAACUAUCCAUCUGGAAUGUGUGGCCCAAGGUAAACCCGAAAAGGUGUGUUGGCUGAAGGACGGAGAGCCGCUGUCCGACGGCAAACACCACCACAUCGACAUCUACAACGACGGCACGUGUUCCUUGGUCAUCACCGCCAUCACCACCAAGGACACGGGCGUGUAUACGUGCGAGGUCACCAAUAAAUUUGGAGUCAUCUCUCACAGCGCCAAGGUCACCGUAGGAACAGCGAGAGAAUCAUCCGGCCGGCGUCCGCUGACUGUCGGCUACAGCGCCGACAGCGAGCCCGACAGUUCGUCGGGCAGCGAGAUGGACGAGUCGCUGAGGCAGGCGAGCAGACGCCUUCGCCGGCUGCUGCGGACGCGCCUCCCGCCGGACGUGGAGGAAGAACCUUUCGUCAGCGCCGACGAAGGAGAUCUCCACCCUCCGGACCCUCACUCUUACCGUGAGGACGACACGUACAUUUACAUCCGCUUCGACACGUGGUCAGAGGCGGAGGUGGCGUCCAAACGCUUCCAGGAGAUGUUUACCAUCCACGGCGUCCCUGUGGAAACCACCAUCCUGGACACCGGCCAUCUCAAAGUGGAGCUGCGGAUUAGAAAGUUAGGAUACACGCAAGAUGGCACGGAAACGCCCACUCAAGAAAAACAACCUCCUGCGUUACUUUCUGGAGCUCCCGCCGCUCCCGUCUUCUUGACCGAGUUACAAAACCAGGACGUGCCCGACGGCUAUCCGGUCAGCUUUGACUGCGUGGUGAUCGGCAAGCCUUCGCCCGCCGUCCGCUGGUACAAAGACGGUAAAGUUCUGGAAGAGAACGACCACUACAUGAUCAACGAGGACCAGGAGGGCUGCCACCAGCUCAUCAUCACCGCCGCGCUGCCCUCCGACAUGGGAGUUUACCGCUGCACGGCGGAAAACGGCAGCGGCAUCGCGGCCACCAGGGCUGAACUCAGGGUUGACCUGUCCUGCAGCUCCGAUUAUGACACUGCUGCCGACGCCACUGAAACGUCGUCUUACAUCAGCGCCAAGGGCUACUCGUCCAGCAGGGAGACGGAGAACUUUGAGUCGGUGACAGAAGAUGAUCAAUUGCCUCAAUUGGUGGAAGAACUUCACGAUGUUCACGUUAGUCCAGGUUCACCGAUGGCUAAGAUGCAACUCCGAGUUAAAGGUUUCCCCAAACCGAGAGUGUACUGGUUCAAAGACGGCCAUCCGCUGCGCCCUUCCAAAAGGGUUCUGCUCUUAGCGCAGCAAGACGUGCACAGUCUGGAGAUCCUGGAGGUGAAGAAAGACGACACGGCGGAAUACUCGGCCUACAUCAGUAACGCAGCUGGCUCCGCCUACUCAUCUGCCCGCCUUAUUGUUCUACAUCCGGGGGAGAUCGUACCGCAAGAUCUGAAAGACUCCCAAGAGUCUUUAGUGCCACCACGUUUCCUGGAAAAGUUCCCCAACAGAAAAGUGAAACAAGGAACCAGCAUCACAUUAUCCGUCAAGGUGGAAGGCUCUCCCACUCCAAUGGUGUCGUGGCUGAAGGAGGAGUCGACGGAGGAUGUGCUGUGGAUCAAGCUCGAUACCAAAGGAUACAAAAUAGCCAGCUCGGGCCGCCAACACAGCCUCAUCUUGAUGGACGUUGGAACCGAGUACACUGGCGCCUACACCUGCAUUGCCACCAACAAGGCGGGACAGUCCAUCUGUACCGCCCACCUGGAGGUGGAUGACGCUCCGCCGCAAAAGAAAGAGACCAAAACGCCCGAAGUUCUCGGGAUUACUGUUAGUCCACCGGAGGAAGGCGCAAAGAAGGGGAAAGAGAGUAAAAUGCCAUACCUGGGAGAAGUCGGCUCGGAGGAAUUCCUCAUGAAACUCACCUCUCGGAUCACCGAGAUGGUGUCAGCCAAGAUUACACAAGACAGCACACAGAAUCAGGAAGUGCUCCAGUGGAUGAAAUCUUGGCCCAAAACUACCACCUCAUUGCGCGUACCAGGCGCCGACAGCGACGAUGAGACCAAAACCCCUUCGGCUUCACCUCAUCACGGUCGCUCGCGUCCGCCCUCCCUCGUGGCCGACUCCUCGUCUGAGUCUGAUGAGGGAGACGCCAGGGGAGAGAUGUUCGAUAUCUACGUGGCGACGGCCAACUACGACCCCACCGUGGCCAGCAAAGAAUCCAUCUCCCUGAAGGAGGGACAGUACGUGGAGGUGUUGGACUCGGCCCACCCGCUCAAAUGGCUCGUCAGGACCAAACCCACCAAGACGACGCCGUCCCGCCAAGGCUGGGUGUCACCUGCCUACCUGGACAAAAAAUUCAAACUAUCUGCCGAUUCGGGCGACCUUCCCGAGACGAAUGUCGAGGAGGUGUCUGAGGGAGAAUACAAGAAGAAGUUAUUCCAAUUAAUCCAGGAUAUAAUUGGCGGUGAAUCAGAGUUUGUCAAAGAGAUGGACUUCUUCACGCACCAUCACCCGAAGCACGCCGACUCUCCCGAUGCCCCGAGUGACGUCAGCAGCCAGAAGGAAGCCAUCUUCAGGAACAUCGACGACUUGAAGGACUUCCACGCCAGGGCGUUCCUGCCCAAGCUGAACGACUGUGAGACGGACGACGAUGUCGCCAUGUGCUUCCUGAAGAAUAAGGAAGGCUUUGAGAAGUACCUCCAGUACCUCGUAGGUCAAAGCCAGGCCGAAAGCGUCAUCAGUGACAAAACGGUGCACCGCUUCUUCAAGGAGUACACGGAGAAGGAGCAAGCCAACGCAGACCCGGCUGAGCAGCCUAUACGUAGCAUCAACGCCUACCUGCUUCAACCUCUGGAUAGGAUUCAGAAAUACAAGGCCUUCCUCAAGGAGCUCAUUCGAAACAAGGCGCGAAACGGCCAGAACUGCUGCCUGCUGGAGGAAGCGUACGCCAUGGUGUCGGCGCUACCGCAACGCUCGGAGAAUAGCCACCACGUGUCUAUGAUUGAGAACUACCCCGCCACCCUUGAAGCCUUAGGCGAGCCUCUUAGGCAGGGACCGUUCCAAGUUUGGGAGGGAGCUCCCGGAAUAAGGACGUCCUCUCGAGGCCACCACCGCCACGUCUUCCUCUUUAAGAACUACUGCAUCAUCUGCAAAUCCAAACGAGACAGCAACACCGACACGCAAACCUACGUCUUCAAGAACAUGAUGAAGCUCAACAACAUCGACGUGAAUGAGACGGUGGAAGGCGACGACCGCGCUUUCGAGAUCUGGCACGAACGUGAAGAUUCGGUGAGGAAGUACACCUUGCAGGCCCGAACCGUCACCAUCAAGAACUCGUGGUUGAGAGACUUCCGGGAACUUCAGCAGAGACACAGCAUAACUGCCUGGAGUCCUCCUGACUUUGUGGAAAUACUGGCCAACUGCACAGCUGAGCUCGGUCAGACUGUUAAACUGGCGUGCAAGGCCGUAGGAGUUCCCAAGCCUGCCAUCACCUGGUACAAGGACGGACGCAUGGUGGAAGCAGACCCUCAUCACAUCAUUAUCGAAGACCCCGACGGCUCCUGUACGCUCAUCCUGGAUAACAUGACGGCGGAGGAUUCGGGCCAGUACAUGUGCUUCGCCACCAGCUCAGCCGGCAACGCCAGCACGCUGGGCAAGAUCACUGUACAAGUGCCCCCGCGCUUUGUGAACAAAUUGAGGAAUGCUAUUUGUGUCAGCGGGGAAGAUGCUCAGUUCACCUGCGUCAUCCAGAGCGCUCCCAGUCCUAAAAUCAGGUGGUUCAAGGACGGCCGGCUGCUAAGCGACCAGGAAAAGUAUCAGACUUACAGUGAGCUCCGCAGCGGAGUUUUGGUCUUGGUGAUCAAAAAUGUGACAGAGCGAGACCUGGGACACUACGAGUGUGAGUUGUCCAACCGUCUGGGCAGCGCCAGGUGUGCCGCUGAUUUAGUUCCUCCAACUGUCGCCGCCAGCGCCGAGCAGGCCAUCGUUCUUGAAGUUACGGAGCAGGAGACCAAAAUCCCAAAGAAAACCAUCAUCAUCGAGGAGACCAUCACCACGGUGGUGAAGAACCCGAGAAUGAGGAGGCACAAGUCCCCGGGAAUGACCAUCACUGGAGCCCACCGCUCGGAGAUGACCACCUCAGAGACCUCCAGCACCAGGACCAGGAGGAUGGCCACUUCCAGAAAAAGCACAGUGCCAACUUUCUAUGUCACGGAGGUCGGAGGUGCCGAGGGUGCCGCUUCUACCGUCGUGGAGAGCAAGCCUAAUUGGGUUGAGGUGGAGGAGGUGAUCGAGUACAAGGUCAAUAAGUCUCCCAGGUUGUCCAGAAGGAGGGGUGUGUCACCCGCUGUUUCAGAUCGCUCCAGCACUCCAUCCAGACCCAAAAGAUCGCCUCCGGAGAACCCCAAUGCCAACAAUUCCAACAAUAAUCUGGUGGAGCUGGCAGGAAGCGCCAGUGGCCAGACGCUCACCUGGGAGGACCAGGAAGGUCCUUCUGCUUCAGGAGAUCACCACGACCUCUCAUCUGUUCUUACCACAGCUGGGGAGGCUUGUGAAAACCAAAUUGUCAUCUUGGAACCUGAUGAUGAUGAUGAAGACCUUUGCGGGAAGCAGGAAGCCAAGACACUAACACAUGGAGGUCACAUUCUCGCACUGGAAGACUUGGAAGAUUACAUCCCAGGGGAAGGAGAAUCUUACGGUUCAACCAGCAACGUUCCCGCCGAGAAGCCCUGCGAGAUCUCCGUGCUCCAGAGGGAGGUUGGCGGCGCCGCCGUGGGACAACCCGUGCUCCUCAACGUAGGACGUCCCAUCUCGGCCCCAAGACGGCGAGGCGGCUUUUUCUCUCGCUUCAGAGAGCAUCUAGCCGGCGGUCUUUCUUCAUCUCACGCUCCACAAGCAAGCGGCAGCCAGUCGGAAAGGCGCGUCCCCAUUCAAGUGCACCACGCCGAGCUGGAGGUGAAACCGUCUUACUGCUCCGAGGUGCAGAGGGUGGAAGGUGGGCAGCCAAGUUUUAAAACCAAAAUAUCAACUCAGACGUACGGCUACACAUCGGUGGGAAACCCGGUCACCCUUCAAAUUAGCGACAAGCAGCAGCAGAAGCAGUAGCUUUUGAAUUCUGUUCACGGCAAAGCCUCCUUAGUCUUAAACGGCGGCAUCGGCUUGACUCCUAACUUUCAGCUUUUAACAAACCAUUCCAGGUGACAGAAAUAUUUGAAGUUGGACGGUAUUACGUAAUCUUGCGUCAGCACAAUCAAACGAAGUGACGAUACCCUUCGAGUAAACUCAAACCAGAAACCGCAUUGUUUCUGAUACAAUGAAAAUAGAUUGGAGAGGAACGAAAAUCAAUUCACAUCACAAAUACUUUGAAUUGAUGAUCUGAAGCAACUAUGGUAUUAGAAAAGCGCUACUGCGUUAACUCCUCGGUGCAACUUUGUUCUGCUUAAUACAACAGUAGCAGUUCUGAAUAUUCCGAAAGAUAAGAUUGCUUCCCAUUAAGUCACUUAGUGGUGAAAUUAGCAAAAGGCAAAAAUGUUGGACUGGUCACAAGUCACUGAUUCACAAUGUCGUUGGAACUAAAGCUGCCUGCACGGAAUUCAAAACGAGUGAACCGUCUGACUUUUAGAAAGAAAAAUAUUCAAAUUGAUGAAAGCAUUAAAUAUUAACACAUAGGUACCUUUUAUUUGUCGUUGAUAAGAUUCAUUGCUUUGUGUCAAUUGAAAUAGGUCAACAAGUUCAUCUUUUUAGGUUUAGUGAGAAUUCAGUCUUUGGCGUGAGUAAUUUAUCAUCUUGCUCCAUUUAUAGAGGAAAGACUGUUUCGGAGUUUGUUCAUGCGGUGCAAUAACGUUGAGCUCACGGGGGCCGUUUGUAGUUCCUUUCAAAAGUUUGACUGCAUGCUGCUUUUCCAAAGUAUUUGUGACUUAUCGAAAUUUAAAGAGAUUUAACGUCUUCCGGAAUUCAGGUUUUGUGUAGUUCCUAACACUCUCAACGGAUUGUAAUUGCUUGUACUUUAAAUGUGUUGAUUUUGAAUGGAAAAACAUGUUUGCUUUCAAAUCUGAAUAUUAAAUAAAAAAAUAUGUAAGAUAUACAAAUUGUUCCUGUUCAUGGACGUUAAAUUUGAUUAAACUGCUGAUACAUAAAAAAAAGUGAGUUUUCACUCAGGCAUUUUGAGGUCUUCAGUUUUAGUGAUUACAAGAGACUUCAAAUAAAAACGAAACAUAACAUUUCCAUUUCUUUAAAUUCUUAACAGUCCACUACAAUCGUAAUCGAUUCAAAUGCAGGUUAAAUACACAACUGUGCCCCCCCCCCCCACAACUUACAGGGAUUUAAACCUAAAACAUGUAGUAUUUUUUUAGCAAAAAGCAUAAAAUGUAAUACAUAAUUUUGCACAUUAAAAACAAAUGGAUGUGUUUUUUUGGUUUACUAUCAGAAGCACUGAUUACACCAGGACAAGUACCCAAAAGAAACUUUGCUUGACAGACCAGUUAAUCAACGUGUCGGAAUGAGUUCGCUUAAGG